CCAACACCCAACACUUUAUCUUCCUCCACUGACUUUGAGUUAAUUUUGAGAAACAGAAACAGAGGAAAAAAUGAUGAAGCUGAGGUCAAAGAGGUUCUGCAGAAGCAGCUCAAAGCUCAGUAAUGGUGGCAAUAGCAUGAAAGGAUCAGUUGAAAAGGAAAUCAAAUGGGAACUUCGCCCUGGUGGCAUGCUUGUCCAAAAGAGAGACACUGCUGAAAAUGAGGGAGAGGGGAUGAUCACCAUUAGAGUGGCUACUGUCUCAAAAUGGCAUGACAUUUCUGUUGAGGCCACUUCAACUUUUGGAGAAUUGAAGAUGAUAUUGUCAUUGGUGACAAGCUUGGAGCCAAGAGAGCAAAGGGUAUUGUUCAAAGGGAAAGAGAGAGAGGAUGAUGAAUACUUACACAUGGUUGGGGUUAGAGACAAGGACAAGGUGCUGCUGUUAGAAGAUCCAGCUACUAAGGAGAGGAAACUCUAUGGCUUUGGGGCUGCAUGCCGUACCAUUAGUGUAUAACUCGGAUAGAAAUUUCAGCAAUUUUGUUGUUCUGAUUGUUAAUAGUUCAGACAUCAAAUUGCUGGAAAUUCAAAUCUGUAUAACAGUACUAGUUAAUUGAAAGUACUGUUCAUUACUAACCAUAUAAAAAAAAAAAAUGCUAAAAUAUGGUGGUGAAACCUUCUUCACUUGGCUAGAUUGGGGACUUAAUUGUAUCAUUUUGGGUCGGAGUGGUUAAUUUACUAAAAUGCUUAACCUAAUGCGCGCAUCUUGUGUCAAAUUGCAAAUCGUUUACUAUGUUAAUACAAAUGUUGA